AUGGGUCAGCCCGACAAACAUGUAGAACAAGAACGCAUCCGCGAACUGUCAAGAUAUUAUUGCACUUUCAAUCGAGAUGUCUCCGAUCGAGAUCGAGAUCGAGAUCAGCAAUCCAAAACGCACGAGCCCGAGCCCGAGCCCGAGCACGAGCACGAGCACGAUGACAACCAUGCCAACCACGCCAACCACGAGGAGACCCAACCCGACAACGACCAACCCCCAUCCCUCCGCCUCUCAACAGACACAACCCUCACAGCCCUAACACAACUAGGCGUCCACCGCUUCACCUGCAAGCGCUCCUUCGUCUCAAUAAUCGACGGCAAAAACCAACACCUAAUUUCCGAAGCAACAAGCACCUCCUCCCUAAAGAAUGUAUCCAAACACGCGCCCAACGACGGUCUCUUCCUAGGCGUGCAAACCCUCGAUCUCCAAUGGGGCGUCUGUCCACACGCCAUCGCCCUUUUCACAGGCCAAGACAAGUCCGCAAUCCAAGAUACAGAAAACAUCACCGCCAACGAAACGCGCAAUAUCAUCCGUGAUUUCACGAAAGAGGACUUUUACAAGGAUCGUUCUUAUGUGACCGGAUGGCCGUUUUUCAGGUUCUACGCUGAGGUCCCGCUGUACAGUCCAGGUGGUUAUGUGCUUGGUUCUUACUGUGUUGUUGAUGAUCAGCCGCGGCCUGGUCCUGGGGGGUUUGGAGAGGAUGAUGUUGCUGCGCUGAGGGAGAUUGCUGAUGCUAUUGGGGCUCAUCUUGAGAAUAAGAGGAUUGUCGAGUAUCAUCGAAGAUCGGAGAAUUUGGUGCGUGGGUUGACGGGUUUCGUUAAGUGUCAUUCGAAGUUUGAUCCGACGGUCAGUUCGACUGUUGGCAUGCUGGAGGGGAAGGGUGGGAGUCGGGUUAAUCUUGCGGGGUUGAAGGAUGUGAAUGGGGGUGGUGAGACGAGUGUUUCGUUGAAUAUGGGGCAGGAUGGGGAUGCUGUUUCUUCGACUCUUGGGAAGACUUCUUCGAAUGGCUUUACCAGGAAAGAUUCGUCGAUUUUCUCUAGAGAUGCCCUGUCUGCGUCGACGGUUCCUUCCUCUAUUACGCACAGUUCGUCAGAGUUGUCUGAGCAGGCUUCUGGUUUGGAUGGUCCGACGGAUUCGUCUGUGCCGGAGAACCUGCCCAUCUCAGAGCGGAUUGCUGCUAUUUUCUCUAGGGCUAGUGAGCUCUUGAAAGAUUCGUUGGAUCUGGAUGGUGUUGUUUUCCUUGAUGCUUAUCGGAAUGACCCUCAAUUUGAAAUGCCUGCACAGACCGAUGGCUGGGCUGAUUUGCCAAGUCUAAGCUCUGACGGAGGAUCUCCUAUCACUCCCCGCCCUAAAAACACUGGUUCAUCUGAAGGAAUCUUGCCUAGAGAUACAGAAAGAUUCUGUGGCUUUUUGGGUCACGCUCUCACCCCAUCAAACGGCAAUAAUGACCCGAGGCUUCAGGCUGCAGUAUCAGAAGAGCUACUGCACCUCUUAAUCACACACUUCCCACAAGGCCAUACCUUCACCAUGGACACCACAAGUGAUGAUGAUUGCGAGUCCUCCGAGGGUGAUAUCUUCAAUUAUUCGCCCCCCGAAUCAGACAUCGAACAACACAUCUCUCAUCGCCUCGCCCGUCGCCUCCCAGGUGCCAAAUCUGUCCUGUUCUAUCCACUAUGGGACUGGAACAAGUCGCGCUGGCUGGCCGGCGCAUUGGUGUGGGCAAAAAGCAACCAGCGUCCCCUUGGCAUGGAAGACUUGCACUACUUCCAGGCUUUUGGUGAUUCGUUGAUCUCUGAAGUUUCUCGCAUUCAUUGGACUGCCAGCGAGAACUCAAAGUUUGACUUCCUUUCUUCUGUUAGUCAUGAGCUUCGUUCUCCGCUUCAUGGAAUACUGGCUAGCGCUGAGCUGUUGCAGGAUAUUUCGCUUGAACCUGCGCAUCGCGAUAUUGUCAAGAUGAUUUCUACCUCUGGGCAGACUCUGCUGGACACCAUGAAUCAUUUGUUAGAUUUCUGUAAAAUCAACAAUCUGAAAUCAACACCCAAGACCACCAAAAGGACCAGAAAAAGACGAGGACGAACCAAAGACGAGGGAACUACUCUGGUUUCUGAAUUCAGUCUUGCGAACUUAGUCGAAGACGUCAUUGUUAUACUACAUACCGGCCGACAAUCACCCGGAAGUCUUUCACUCAUGGCAGAUGAAGAAACAUCCACGUCCCAGACUCCCAAAAUUGAAGAUGAACUAUCCACAAUAAUCCGAAUCGAACAUGGAAACAAAUGGAUCAUCCGCUCAGUCGCCGGCGCUUGGCGAAGAAUCGUGAUGAACCUUUUCGGUAACGCAAUGAAAUGGACGCAGGCCGGACUGAUUGAGAUAUCGCUAUCAACUGCCACAGACCAAACAAAUCCCUCCUCUUCACUUGCACAUCUCCGCGUCGCAGAUACCGGUCGUGGAAUCGCCCCGGAAUUCCUCAAACACUCUGCUUUUUCGCCAUUUACCCAGGAAGAUGCUCUGUCCGAGGGUGUGGGUCUUGGUCUCAGUGUUGUGCACCAACUCGUCAAGUCAUUGGGCGGUUAUAUCAAUAUGAAGAGUGAACUUGGUGUUGGGACUCAGGUUGAUGUUUAUAUCCCUGUGCAAUAUCUGGUUGAUCCCAUGCCUCCCAAGAUUCUUGAGAGCCCUUCGCGAGAAGCAACAGCGAGCCCGAAGAAGUCGCUCAAGGCUUGUCUUGUUGGCUUUAACGCUUAUCCCGAUCUGACGGAGACCCCAACUGGUAUCUUGAGCUCUGAUGCAAAGCGGAAACUUGCUAUUCAGAGCAGCAUUGCCGGCGUGCUCAUGGCACAAUUGGGAUGGCGCAUUUCCCUAGCUCAGUCCCUUGAGAAAGGUGAUGGUGAUGUUGCUGUUAUCGAGGAGGCGGCGUUUAGGGCUUUAUCCUAUGGAAACUCGUCACCUGCUUCCUUGCUCAAGCAUUCGUUCAGAUUUUUCAUUGUCUUGGGCAGCAUGGCACCUUGCUCAAAGAACCAGAUCCCUCCUAACGCCAUUCUGAUCUUGCAGCCAUUUGGACCUCAGAAAAUAUGCAAAGCAGCCGAAAGAAUCAAGAAGCUUUACGACGAGCAACCCCAAGUCGAAAUACCCACCAAUGCAGAAGAGCUGCCUCUUUCAUCCAUACCCCAACAACCCACAUUCAACUUACUGGAUGGAACAAACACCAUCUCACGACAACCAUCCGCUCCAUUAGUCACGCAAAGUGAACUCCCCAUUUCCCCAGUGCUGCAACCAAAGAAACCAAUCCUGGACGUGAACGUCCUCAUAGUAGAUGACAACGAGAUAAAUCUAAAGAUCCUAGUAACAUUCAUGCGCAAACUCGGUUGCAGCUACCAUACAGCCUCCAACGGCCUAAUCGCGUUCGAAAAGGUCGAGUCUUCAACCCGGAGAUACGACUUUAUCUUAAUGGAUAUCUCAAUGCCAGUCAUGGACGGGCUAGUCUCAACCAGCAAAAUCCGCCACCACGAAAAAGAAAACAACCUCAAUCCAUCAUGCAUCUUCGCCGUUACGGGCGUUGCUUCGGAUCAUAUGCAGCAGGCAGCUGUUACGGCCGGUGUCGAUGAUUACCUGGUUAAGCCGCUUUCUUUGAAGAAACUUAGUGGGCUUAUGGGGAUUUCUUGA